GACGUCACUAUCGAGAUGCAAGUCGCGAUUAGAAGAACGGCCCAUAAGACUAACGCGGAAGUUUCUGUUAUCUCUCAGCCUAUACAUGAGGUUCGUUGGUUGCCAUGCGAGUUUAUUGACGAACAUGUUGUGAUCGUCCAGGAACUAGUUCAAGGGAAGAAGAUGAACGUAUCGGAACCAAAAUAUCAACUUCGAGAUGCUGGACUGCAGUUUGGCAAGCCCGGAGACAGUCCAGUGCAUUCGGAGUUAUUAACCUUCCUUGUCACAGCAUAUAAGGUGGACAUGCGACGGUACAUUAAAGGUGGAUUGGACACUCUUCAAUGCGAGGUGCGCAGGCACUACUCGGGCGGGACGCCGGAGCGCUGGCCCAGCUUGGGAGCCCAGGAGCCCGACAACUGGUUUACCUGCACACUGCGCCACACGGAGGGACUAUUUGUCAUCACUUCUUUCCUCACACAUAGUUCCAAUGUUCCCAAUGUUAUGCAGCCAGACCAGUGGGUUCCAGUUGCAGAUAAAGACAUAAUCAGCACCACAGCUGUAAUGUUGAUGUUCAGCAACACCCCCACUGUGGUGGUCGGCCUGAUGAAGGAGCAGACCCUGAACUGUGAGUUUGCUGUAGACCACAAGGCAGCCCACCUCACUGUGGAGUGGCACCUGCAGCGCAAAGGCCACCGCUCCAAACUCUUCAGCUACUCCAGCCACACGGGCCAGAGUGAGGGCAGUGGUGUGUCUGUGAAGGCCAUUGCUAAGGGAGACGCGUCUCUCAAGAUCCCCCUCACAAGGGAAACCAGUGAGGGCACCUACGUCUGCUCGGUGCACGUACCCCCAAUCGCCGGCAGUCACAGCAUGGCCCUGCAGCUCAUGGCUCUGCCUCCCGCUGUGUCCCUGAACGUGAACUCUGAGGUGUCUCUGUCUGAGGGGGAGUUGCAGAUGGUGGCUUGUGAGGCGACACACUACUACCCCCUGGACGUGCACAUAGAGUGGUUGAAGGAGUCUCUUACCCCAGGAGCAAGCCGCGUGCCUGAAGUGCUGAAUACUCUAGGUAUUGUCAUGUUCUCCAACCACAGCAACAAUCCGGACGGCACCUACUCUCUCACUGCCCACUUCCUGCUCAAGCCCACCCCCCAGGACUCUGGGUACAGCUACACAUGCAGGGUGUCGCACGAUGCUCUGCAAAUGCCCAUCCGGAAGAGCUUCACCCUCAGUGUCACAGAGAAAGAUUCAUAUAUGUGGUACCUACCUCCUAUUCUGAUUAUAAUUGGAAUCCUGGCUUUGCUGCUGUCCAGACAACUUGCAGUUGCAGGAAACAUAUAUGACUCAUCUCCACAAAAAAUGAUGUAAUUAUGAAACUAAAAGCAAUGUUGACUUGAAAAAUACUGAAAAAAGACUUGAAAAAUACCGGUCAUCACUGUAAACACUGGUUCAUUUAUCUUUUAUAAAAAUGCUAUGGUUUUCUGUUUUUCUUUUUCUUUUUAAUAUAUAUAUUUUUGUAGCCUAUGUCAUGACUGUGUUGUCUGGCUUCUGAAUGUGUAGCAGAUUGUAAAUAGAAGAUUAGUUUAUGGUUUGUUAUAGGUUUAAAAAUAGUACAUUUGGUGUAAUAGAAUUUAAUUGAAUACUAUAGUCAUGAUUAAUAAUUUACAAGAGGUGGUUAAAAUUGUUAAAAACAAAACUCAUCUGUGUUGUUUAUGAUGUCUCAAGUAUUUCAUUGAUUUAAUAAUUACAUUCGUUAUGUCAUUGACCUACCAUUUCUCUUGAUCCGCGAGCUAGGCUCGAUUGCUUUUGUCUCCACCCACCUAACUAGGGGAGAUCGCGUUUUUUCCUCAUUCUAUUAAACUCUGAUAUUGAGGAAACCACACCAAAAUCACUCUGUGAUUAUAUCUGCCCCUGUUUCAGGUACAGCCAUGCCCUCUUUUGUUAUUGUAAGAUCUACAGUUGUGUAAUAAUUGCUUCGUUUAAAAUCGAAUUUAAAUGUAAAAAUAGAGAACUUUUGUAUGCAUUUUAAUGUAGCUAAUGUGCGUGAGUGAAGAAAUGUUUCUCAACCAUGCUGCCUGAUACGGCGUGCCUGUAUGGAGUAAAACUUGUCACCUUAAACCGAAUUUGAAUAUGAAUUUGAGCAAUUGUAUUGGAAAAACGAAUUUGAAUAGUAUAUGUUGAAACUGAAUUCAUUAGAUUGGAACUGAAUCCCAGUAAACUUGAAAUUGAAUAUAAUAUUUUGAAAUUGAAGUCAUUUGCUCUGAUACAUAAAUUAUCCUGACUGAAAAUUUCGCUCUUGGAAUUUUCACAUUCAGUUCUCACAAUUCAGUUUCAAAACGUGAAAUUCAGUUUCAGUCUACCGAGACAAAAACAGCUGGUAGCUAAGGAAGAGCAAUCGAGUGCAGAGCUAUUGUGAUGGCGUGACUAGUGCCGUGCGCGAAGCAAAGAGCAGCACCCUCUUAGCGAGCUGUCUCCUGAACCCACUGAUCUAUAAAGAACCCACUGAUCUUUAUAGAUCAGUGCCUGGACCUCCUUCGAGUGGGUCUAAAGACAUCUGUUCAACAUGCACUUAGUUCAUUAAGUAUUAUCAUAUCAUAUAGUAUUAUUAUCAUAUAGCAUUGUUUUAUUUUCAUUAGGCUGUUGAUUAAUUUGACAUUGUUGUUUAUUAUUGAUAUUCUCCAUAAUCUUACUAUGCUAUUGUUAUUUUUAUCAUAUUAUUGACUGCAUGUAAAGUAUUGUUUAAUAUUGCUAUUUUCCCUUUUUUCUCAUUGUUUGUGUCAUUAGGCUAUUGAUUGAAUUGACAUGGUUGUUUAUUAUUGCUAUUCUCUUUAUUAUAGUCUGACCAACAUCUUAAUUUGUUCCCAGUUACAUUUUAAGCAUUAUAUUGUUUUGUAUUUGUAUGUUGCUUUGGACAAAAGCGUAACCAUAACCAUAUGUAAUUGGAAGCAAAUAAAGGUAGCCUACACAUCA